CGGCACCACCAGGCAGAGACCUGGCAGCCUGCUCUCACCAUGAAGCGGCCAAGGGAGCCGAGCGGCUCCGACAGCGAGUCCGACGGACCCAUCGACGUGGGCCGCGAGGGAGAGUUUAGCCAGAUGGCCAGGCCGCUGUCCACCCCCAGCCCUUCUCAGAUGCAAGCCAGGAAGAAACGCAGAGGGAUCAUAGAGAAACGGCGCCGAGACCGCAUCAACAGCAGCCUUUCUGAAUUGCGGCGCUUGGUCCCCACCGCCUUUGAGAAGCAGGGUUCCUCCAAGCUGGAGAAAGCUGAGGUCCUGCAGAUGACGGUAGAUCACUUGAAAAUGCUCCACGCCACUGGCGGGACAGGAUUCUUUGAUGCCCGAACCCUGGCAGUGGACUUCCGGAGCAUCGGUUUCCGGGAGUGCCUCACCGAGGUCAUCAGGUACCUGGGGGUCCUGGAAGGACCCAGCAGCCGCGCAGACCCUGUCCGGAUUCGCCUUCUCUCCCAUCUCAACAGCUACGCAGCCGAGAUGGAACCUUCACCCACGCCUGCCAGCCCUCCGGCCUUCCCUGCCUGGCCCUGGUCCUUCUUCCAUAGCUGCCCAGGGCUGUCAGCCCCCAGCAGCCAGCUUGCCAUCCUAGGAAGAGUGCCGGGCCCCGUCCUCCCCAGCGCUGCCUCCCUUGCAUACCCCAUCCCGGCCCUCCGAACAGCUCCCGUGCGCAGAGCCGCCGGCACCAUCCUGCCAGCCCGGAGGAGUCUGCUGCCCAGUCGAGGGGCAUCUUCUACCCGGAGGGUCCGCCCUCUGGAGAGGCCAGCUGUCCCCCUGCCCUUGGUCCCCAGUGGCAGGGCUGCCAGGAGCAGCCAUGUGCCACCCCUCCUGCGGUCUUCUCCCCCCACAUCCCCUGGUGUUGGGAGGUCCCCUGCUCCUGCCGCUGUUCCUGCCCCCAGGCCCUCUUCCCUGGGGCUGGAAGGGAGGCCCUCAGGGGCCGUGCUCUGCCGCUCCUGGGUCUCUGAAAUCACGCAGGUCGGGGCUUUCUGAGCUGUCUUCCCUGGCCCCCCGGACCCCCCUGCCCCGCCAGGAGUAAGGAAGAUUCUUUUUCCAGGAGCUCUGAAAGUGGCUCUGCCUCUUCUGCCCUGCCUCCUGGACUGGCUCUCGUGUGAAGGCGCCUUCCCCAUCGGAGGCUCCCUCCUCCUUUGGCCCAUCUCCCCUCCUCACUGCUUGUCCCAGCAUGUCCUCCUGGCUCUCAUGAUGCUGCUCUGACCUCAGAGGCUUGGUCUCACUUCUUACCUGGACAGACGAGUCCCGGGAGAGCCCCAAGAGCUGUGCCCAGACCCCUCUCCCACCCUGUAUACAUGGCAGCAGGCAUGAAUCUCAGUUCUGGGAACACAGCUUUGACCUAAAAAGCACAACGGCCUGAGGCUGGCUGCUUCCCAAGAGAGAUCAGCCCCCAAUCAGGAGCAAUGACUGACUGGCUGCAGCCUUCCCAGGACGAAGGGGCUGGAACACGGUGUCCGCCUUGCUUCCUGAGACAGUAAAGGAACAGGGGCCACAGAGAGGUUUCCUGGGAACCCUGUCUGCCACUGCCCACCACGGCCAAGGCACCUCUUCCCAGCUGUAGGCUCCCACCCUCCAGCUGACCAACAGGUUCCCUGCACACAGCCGGGAGGUUUCCUGGCAUCAGUAAGGCUCCACGACAGGGUGUCCUUACCACCAGGCCUGGGGCAGCGCUCUCAGACAAGAGCCAGAAUUGAGCGAAGAGAACCCAGCUCUCGGCCUCUCGCACUGUCACCUUCCUCCAGGCGUGUGGUCCCUGUUGGGCGCGCUGUGUGGACAGCCAUGUUCCCACGUGAUGGCGCCCAGCGCGGAAUCCUCCUGGGAUUCAGAACCAGACGUUUGUGCUGCCUGGUUUGCAUCCGGCUCACGGAGCCCAGACUGCUAGGACAGCCAAGAGCUGUCAGGCUGGACGAAAAUAACCACGAGGAGGGGCGAGAGGAAGGACAGUCAGAGGCAGCCAGGCCCUGCAAGGUCACCCAGUGGCUCGAGGGCCUGAGAUCCUAUUCACCCAGGAUUCCAAGCAGCUGGUGCUGCUCAGAAGCCAUUUCAUUACCCAGCUCCGACCCAGGCCACUUUUCCUCUAAAGGGAACAAAUGACCCAGCGACCAUUCCCAGCAGAAGAGCAGAGUCUAGACAAGAUUGGGGCAGACCCAGGACUGACAUUGGUAGGACCAGUGUUGCCAGACCUGUUAUUAAAAUGUGGUAACACAUCUGUGCUAGAUGGCAAAUACCUGCUUCCCCCGCGUGGCUCUGAGUGUCCCCCGCCACAUGGCUUUGCCCCCGGGGACCCCUGUGCUGGUUAAUACCUGGCAAACCCAAGGUCAUGGGAUCUGCCAGCUGGCAAAUUGUUUGUUGGUGCUUAUUUCACACCGGUUAUUAAAUACUUCGAAUGUCACCGCUGGGAAGAUUCUCCCACCCCCACCCUGUGAAAAAACUGCCCUCCCCAGAGUCUAAAAUGAGGGGACUCCCCAGGCUCACAAGUAGUUUGCAAAAACCCUAGGGAAAAAGGACCCAUUCAGAGAAAUGGGUCAGAGGACAGAGGUCAUUUAAAUGACCCAGAAAGCUCUUUUGCAAAGGCAAAUUCCGCAAGGAGGCAUAAAGAAUUCAAGUAAUGCUUUUGCUCCUUUCUGUUAGUUCCAUCAGACUGCUGUCCUGUGCCCCUCAGAACCUAAAGGAGAGAGGGUAUCAUUUCAAGGAGAGGGUUCCUGGCCUGGGGUGCUCCUGAGGAAGACAGAGAGCAGGGCUCAGCAGGCUCCCAGGAACUGGGACGUGGAAAGGGGAAGGUGGCAUAAGGGUAAGACCAACUCCACCUGUCUCCCAAAAGGCAGGAAGAACGCCUUCCUCUUCCUCCCACUCUGGUUCCUCCCCUUCCUGCUCCCCCCACUCCCCUGCUCCCCCUACCCCGCCUCCACGCCUCCCUCUCCCUGGCUAUCCCAGGCGGUGACUCACUGCUCCAGGGUACCAGGUUGGUCCUGUGGUUUGGAGACUUCCUAGCCUGGGCAUUUACUCAUAGUGGGACUGUAGGAAUCCCCUGUCCAUGUUUCCAGCGCCCAACUCCGAAAGAAUCUGUUGACACCAUUGAAUGAGGUGGAAAUGGUCCAGAACUUUGAGCAUCUUCAUGAUAUUGGGUUCAUUCUCCCUGAGAGAUUGUCGGGGGAAAGAUGUGGAUGUCAUUGUUUCUGUGGUUGAAGAUUUGUAUCUUUUGUUUGUAUUCCCAAGCCUUUCUGGUGCCCCCGACUCCCACCCCAUUGCUGGGGAUGUUGCAGACAUCCAAUAAAGUUGUUCUGUUGUUUUUUUAAUUCUGGAA